AGGACGGCAUUAGGUAAGGCCAUUAGCGUCCUGUGGAUUAUUGUAAUCCAGCCUCUCUAUCACUGCUGGCUUGGUUGCUCAGACUACACUCGGUCGGUUGGAAGAUGGCUCUCAACGUGCAGUGUUUCCUGCUGGCCCUGCUUCUUCUGGGAGCUAACGUGUUCAUCAGCAUUCACGCUCAAGAGGUGGGAGUGUCUGAGGCGUGGACCAGCAGGUCUUGCAAAUGUGAUUGUGAAGGAGGAGAAUCGCCGACUGAGUUUUCCUCCAUUGGGACUGGCUCUUCCAUGGUGCGAGGGGUGGACUGCAUGCCAGAGUGUCCGUACCACAAGCCUCUGGGCUUCGAGGCCGGAUCAGUGAAUCCAGACCAGAUCACCUGCUCCAACCAGGACCAGUACACCGGCUGGUUCUCCUCAUGGCUCCCAAGCAGGGCACGGCUCAACAGUCAGGGCUUCGGGUGUGCCUGGCUGUCUAAGUUCCAGGACAACAGUCAAUGGCUGCAGAUUGACCUGAGGGAGGUGAUGGUGGUGUCAGGGAUCCUCACUCAGGGUCGCUGUGACGCUGACGAGUGGAUCACCAAGUACAGCGUUCAGUAUCGCACAGACGAAAAACUCAACUGGAUCUAUUACAAAGACCAGACUGGAAACAACAGGGUGUUUUAUGGAAACUCUGACCGCUCCUCGUCUGUGCAGAACCUCCUGCGGCCGCCCAUCGUGGCGCGCUACAUCCGCAUCCUCCCCCUCGGAUGGCACACACGCAUUGCUCUGCGCCUGGAGCUGCUGCUCUGCAUGAACAAAUGCAUCUGAACCUUUCCUCCCGCCGUCCCUGAGGCCUUGUCCCAAAACUUCAUCCAUACCUAAAGCCCCAUCGUCCGAGUGUGUGGUUCGUUAUUAUAUUCACAGAAUUGGCCCCCUUCAGCUACAUGUAUAAAACCACAAGUUGAGACAAAAAUAUUCUGUUUAAACCUUUUUAAAAUCCACACAGCAGUUUGACUUAUGUGAUUUAAUUAAAACAUUUGUUUGAUAUGCUCAAUGAGCUUUCAUUCACUCCACUCUCCAUUGUCUGUGUUAAACCAGUCUCACACGGGGGGCUUUAAUUUGCUGAGUUCUCAAUAGAUUGUUCUAUUUGCAAUGAAAUGGCAUAAAUUCAAAGCAAUAAUUAGUCAUCGAGAGGGAGAGGCAGCGUUGCUAUGGAGGUUGUAUCCACCGGUCUGAGACAAGCUCUUCCAAAACAUUUGUGUCCUUCUGUGAAAUCCUGUCUGUUUCUCCUGAUAUUUAAUGGUAAACAGGGAAUUAAAUACAGUUCUGCACCUCUCA